UGACAGGAAACGUCAGACGCGCUCCCCCGCUGACCAAUCAGCGGCGGGGGACGUCGCCCUGUCCCUUCCAUGUGACCGCGCCGCUCAGUUCCCAGGCGGUCAGACCCAGAGCCGGAGACUAUGGAUCAGAGGAUUGGGUUAUUAGUUCUUCUGGCGGCAGGCCUCCUCUGCCUCAGUUUGGCCCCCGUAUCUCAGGCUGAGCACCUGGUUGAGGACAGUCUGGAUGACGAUGUGGACGUCGAGGACGAGCUGGAUCUAGGUUUGGCCGGAGCUGACGAGGAGGAGCUGGAAGGAGACAUUCUGGAUGAAGCUCCAACUGCUCCGACAACUCCUCCUGCACCGAAGGUGACCUACAAAGCUCCUGAGCCGAUGGGGGAACAUUUCUUCGCGGAGUCUUUUGACAGAGGGACACUUGAUGGCUGGGUUCUGUCCAUAGCCAAGAAGGACGACACCGAUGAAGAGAUCGCAAAAUAUGAUGGUAAAUGGGAGGUAGAGGAGAUGAAGGAUAGUAAACUGCCUGGUGACAAAGGUCUUGUACUGAAGUCCAGAGCCAAACAUCACGCCAUCUCAGCCCAGCUGCUGCGACCUUUCACCUUCGAUACCCAGCCCCUCAUCAUCCAGUACGAGGUGAACUUCCAGGCAGGGAUUGAUUGUGGUGGCGCCUACGUCAAACUGCUAACUCAGACUCCUGAGCUCGACCUGGACCAGUUUGUGGAUAAAACUCCGUACACCAUCAUGUUUGGACCUGACAAAUGUGGAGAAGAUUACAAACUUCACUUCAUCUUCAGACACAAAAACCCCAAAACUGGAGAGUACGAAGAGAAACACGCUAAGAAACCAGACUCUGACCUGAGGACGUACUAUACCGACAAAAAGACACAUCUGUACACACUGGUGUUGAACCCUGACAACACCUUCGAGGUUCUGGUCGAUCAGACGGUCGUGAACAGCGGCAGCCUGCUGACAGAUGUGACCCCCCCUGUGAACCCUCUCGCCGAAAUCGAGGACCCGGACGACCACAAACCUGACGACUGGGAUGAGAGGCCCAAGAUCCAGGACCCAGACGCAGUCAAGCCCGAGGACUGGGACGAGGACGCUCCCGCUCAGAUUCCAGAUGAAGAAGCAGUGAAACCAGACGGCUGGUUGGACGACGAGCCGGAGUACAUCGGAGAUCCUGAAGCUGUCAAACCUGAAGACUGGGACGAGGACAUGGACGGUGAAUGGGAGGCUCCUCAGAUCCCUAACUCCGCCUGUGAGACAGCCCCUGGCUGUGGCGCCUGGAAACGUCCGAUGAUUGACAACCCCAGCUACAAGGGCAAGUGGAAGCCCCCAAUGAUUGACAACCCCAACUACCAGGGCGUCUGGAAGCCGAGGAAGAUCCCCAACCCUGCGUUCUUUGAGGACCUGCACCCGUUCAGGAUGUCUCCGUUCAACGCCGUUGGACUCGAGCUCUGGUCCAUGACCUCGGACAUCUUCUUCGACAACUUCUUCAUCACCAACGACCGCAACACUGCCGAACGCUGGGCCAACGAUGGCUGGGGACUGAAGAAGGCAGCAGAGGGCGCUGCUGAUGUGGGUUCUGGCUGAAGGCUUUUCAGAUUUAU